AUGAGCAUGGAUUUCCAUCCAAUCAAACAGACUAUGCUACUAGCUAGGAGUUGCUUAUUCGGCAACACCUCGAGAUUGAUGCUCAUGUUGGGCGGUGUUAAUGACAUUGCAUUUUCCACUCCGAACAAGCAACUAUGUGUUACUACUUGUGGUGAUGACAAAACCAUCAAGGUCUGGGAUGCUGCAACGGGUGUAAAACGGCAUACUUUUGAAGGCCAUGAAGCUCCUGUCUACUCUAUCUGCCCUCACUACAAGGAAAACAUUCAGGAUGGGCUCGACUUAGGCCCAAAUCAAAAGAAACUAAUGGGCCAAGUCCGAUCCAACCUCAAUCUCAAAGCAGAACCCCUAGACCUAAGAGCCACCAUUGGAAUAGGGCAUGUCGACGCACUGAACUCCGGCGGAGGACCGGCUAAGACGGUGGACGAAUGUCGCAUGUCCCCUGGUCGAGGUUGGCGGCAAAGCAACCGGUGGAUCUUGUUCCAUACUCAACCAACCAACCCAAAUAGAUCUAGCCGAAGACACUACAAAGGUGGAGAGAAGGGCCAACAGACAAAACCCAUCGGACUUCCAAACACGACAUGA